AUGUGCAAGUCGACAUCGGUGGACAAAAAGGCAGAGUAUCCCGACCACCCCACUCUCCCGACCAAUCCUAUCACCCGACCACCCCACUCUCCCGACCAAUCCUAUCACCCGACCACCCAACUCUCCCGACCACCCCACUCCCGACCAAUCCUAUCACCCGACCAACCCACUCUCCCGACCAAUCCUAUCACCCAACCAACCCUCUCUCCCGACCAAUCCUAUCACCCGACCAACCCACUCUCCCGACCACCCCACUCUCCCGACCAAUCCUAUCGCCCGACCAACCCACUCUCCCGACCACCCCACUCUCGCGACCAAUCCUAUCACCCGACCACCCCACUCUCCCGACCACCCCACUCUCCCGACCAAUCCUAUCACCCGACCACCCCACUCUCCCGACCAAUCCUAUCACCCGACCACCCCACUCUCCCGACCACCCCACUCUCCCGACCAAUCCUAUCACCCGAGCACCCCACUCUCCCGACCAAUCCUAUCACCCGACCACCCAACUCUCCCGACCAAUCCUAUUUUCGAAUCUGA